AUGAGUGUCGUUUCCAAGUCCAUGCCGAUAAAGAGUCCUUUCACCAACUCAACAGCCUCCAAGAUGAAUAGUCCUUGCGCCACCCCUUCCACGACAACAGCGCCUCUGAUCCCAGAUAAGAUCUUGCCAAAUCUGUACCUGUCAGACAUUCACACUGCUGCCGCAGUCCUCAGCCCCAACUACAAUGCACCAAAUCGGCCAAGAAUCAAAUAUGUCCUCUCCGUCAUCGAGAAUCCGGACAAGCAGCCCAAAGUGCCCCCUGGCCGUGAGGCAGACUUCGUUCUCAAGUUGAUCAGUCUCCGGGAUAACGUCAACGUUGACCUGCUCCAGUUUCUGGGCGAGGCCUGUGCUUUCAUCAAAGCAAGCCUCAAGAACAACGAUGGCGGUGUUCUUGUCCAUUGUCAGAAAGGUAUAUCACGAUCUGUCGCAGUUGUGAUUGGGUUUAUUAUGGAAGAAAUGAACCUCGAUUUCGACACGGCAUUGCGAUAUGUUCGGUGUGGUCGCUCAAAGGCGAAACCGAAUCCUGGUUUCCAAACGCAGUUGGAGCUCUGGGGCCUCGUCCAUUACAAUAUUCACGACGCCGAUGGCAAAGAGAAACCAGAGUACACUUCCUGGAAAGCAGAGAAUGAAGAGCAGAUCAAGAAAUUGGGGGUCAGAUGA